AUGGAGUUCACUUGUCAAAAAUGUGCACAAGCUCUCCGACUGGGAUUUCGGCCACAUAUUUCGCCAAUCCGAGCGCGGACCCUACCCCACCUCAAACGGCGAUAUCACCGACCAAACACGCAGGCAUCCAGUUUUCACCGUCAAGCAUGCUCAGUAUCACGGCCCAGUAAUAUCAACACUGGAACUAUCAUCGCAAGAUCCGUAUCGUCGUCAGUCAGUCAAGUGGCUGCGGCAGACCCUUCCGCAGCGUACAAUGCAAAACCCCUAUUAAAGCCUGACAACCUCUUCCACUCAUUUACCAACUCCCCCUCUCCCGAAAUCCGCCAGCGUGCAGCCUUCAUAAAGCAAAAUGCUUUCUGCCCACACCCAAGUCAUCGACAGACGCGCGUUCCUACAUCUCCUCAUGACUCCGAAUCGAGAAAGUCCCCCGAAACCAGCAGCGAUAGCCAACCACCAGCACACUCUCAAUUCGAAUGCCCAGACUGCGGCGUACCGAUAUAUUGCUCCGAGGGUCAUUGGAUGGAUGAUUUUGAAGCACACCUGGAAGUAUGCGAAACCAUCCGACAAAUCAAUGAGGAUGAUCAUGACCUGCGGUCUCGCCGGUUCUUCUCAGAGUUUAACUACCCCGGCCUACAGGAGGAUGACUCUAUAGUGAAUAUGACAAAUUGGGAUACGUUUUUGUAUACCAGGCAGUUCGAUGCUAUUAACAAUGAUAGACACAUGAGGCAGGUAACAAGAUUGCUCACGUACCCUGUCACCAUUGCAAGUGUACUACAUGAGCUUAGCCCAUAUAAUAUUCGGAAAGGAGGCCGAUUGACCCCAGAGGGAUUAAAAAGUUUGAGCGCCCUCCGCUAUACACUCCAUCCGCCCAGAACCGGUGAGGGGUCACAAAUGGCCGGCCUCCGUGUCAAAGCACCCCCCGUCCGCAUCUUCAUUCUAGGCGCACGCGCCGAAUCUUCACUGCCCCGCGACGUCUGGCUACAACUCUCCUACCUCUUCCCGCGCGCACUCAUAAAUCUCAUCUUUAUCGGCCCAGAGAGCAUGGCGAAUCGGGAUGACGAAUUCCCACUUCCCGAACGCACCCCCUCAAACCCGUUCGGCGGCAUCGUCGAAGACCGCCUGCACUCCUUGAUGAAGAUAACCACGUACGUCGAUUACUUCCAUACAAUGCAUCAGGCAAACAUGUUCCAGCCGUACGACCCUUACUUUGACUGCUUCAUGCUGUUCCACCCGGGUCUGGGGCAUCCGGCCAGCUCACACGAGUGGGAAGAGACCCUGCCACAUCUGCUGCAGACCAAAGUGCCGAUUCUGUGCACCGGAUACUCGGAGUGGGAUAUGCAGAGGGAUAUGGAUUGGGUGAUGGAGAAAUGUGGAGGGGAGGUUGAUAUGUUACUGGAGCCCGGGGAGAAUAAAUUCCGGAGCCUUAGGUGGGAUUUGAAUGAUAUGGAUCCGCAUGAUGUCUCCUGUGGAAAUUGGGGUCUGUGGGGAUUUAGAGGGAAAAGAUAUGAAGCUACCUACAAGGAAUCAGGGUCGGAGCAGACCCAUUGGUGA